AUGACCCUUUUUCGUUCCAUCUUCAUACCAGUCUUCAUUUCUCUAGCAGCUAUUGCAUUGUUCCAACACCGUAUCAAGGACACAGCAGCUUCAGCCUUUGAAUUCCUAGGGACCCUCACCUCUUUGACUACUUUCGACAAACCCAACACUGAGCACCAACAACACCUUUACGCCACAGAAAUGUCUGCCACUCGAGCUGUUCGCAAGGUAUUCCUGGCUGUUGAGCAGUCUGAAGGAGCUGGUGCCCGUGUUCGUCGCUCAAUUGGCACUCCCCAGCUCCGUAACUUUUCCCCCUUUCUCAUGCUCGAUCACUUCUCCGUCAAGCCUGGUGCUGGUUUCCCUGAUCAUCCUCAUCGUGGCCAGGAGACUAUCACAUAUCUCCUUGAGGGUGGUAUGGAUCAUGAGGAUUUUGCUGGCAACAGGGGUACUCUCUCCGCCGGUGACCUCCAAUUUAUGACUGCUGGAAAAGGCAUUGUGCAUGCUGAGAUGCCCCGACAAAACGAGGAUGGCAGCGCAAACGUCGGUCUUCAACUUUGGGUCGACCUUCCCAAGGAGUUGAAGGCUUGCGAACCUCGGUACCGCGACCUCCGUGGCUCCGAGAUCCCCAUCGCCAAGGUUGACGAUGACAAGGUCACCGUCAAGGUCAUUUCUGGCCAGAGCCACGGCAUCGACUCUGUCAAGGAUCUCGCCUACACACCUGUUUGGUUCCUCGACAUUGAGAUCCGCCCUGGUGGCAAGAUCACCCAACCUCUCCCCGCAAACUGGAACGCCUUUGCCUACACCCUCGAGGGGGAUGUUAUCGUUGGCAAGGAUGACCAGCGACGUGUUGUCGAGCAGUACCAUAAUAUUGUCUUUGAGCCGCAGGGCGACGUUGUUCAUUUCGAGGUCGACGCUGGUGCUUCGAAACCCGCUCGGCUAGCCCUCAUCGCUGGUAUCCCUCUCGAUCAGCCUGUUAUCCAAUACGGUCCUUUUGUCCUCACUUCCAAAGAGGACGUCGCCAAAGCUCUUUUCGACUACCAAACCCACUCUAAUGGUUUCGAGCGAGCUGAGAACUGGCAGAGUGAGAUUGGCAAGUCCAUGAUGGACUAA